AAUUAUUAUAGUGUGAAAGGCAAGCAUUAUUUGAAUACAACAUGGAUAUUAUUAUGAGGUCACUCUUUUUGAAACACGAGUUUCCAAGAUGGCGAAAACUGUCGACAAAGGUAAAGGAAAAGCCAAAGUUCAGGCUGAAAAAGCUAAAAAAGCCGUUGUAAAAGGAACUCAUUCUAAAAAAGAACAUAAAGUUCGACACUCUGUACAUUUCAGAAGACCUAAGACUUUAUCUCUCCGAAGAGCCCCUAAAUAUCCCAGAAAGUCUGCACCUUCAAGAACCAAACUAGAUCAGUUUCAAAUAGUUAAGCAUCCUUUGACUACUGAAUCUGCAAUGAAAAAAAUUGAAGAUAAUAAUACUUUAGUAUUUAUUGUUGAUAUUCGUGCUAGUAAGCCACAAAUUAAAUUAGCUGUAAAAAAACUUUAUGACAUUGAAGUAGCUAAAGUAAAUACUCUAAUUAGACCUGAUGGUUUAAAAAAGGCUUAUGUACAUCUUGCAACUGAUUAUGAUGCAUUGGAUGUUGCAAACAAAAUUGGAAUCAUAUAAACGUGUUUCUAUCAGAAAUAUAAUUUCAAUUGAAAAAAAGUUGUUUUUUUUUUUAUCCAAUGUUGUUUGCUCUCUUCAAAAUAGUACAUAUAAAUGUAGUGAGAGCGACUAUUCUAAGGUCUAGUUAAAAAAAUUUGCAACAAUUAUGUCCAAAAAGUGAUGUCACUUUUGCCUUUUUUUGGCGUAGUUAAAAAGAACUAUUAACUUUUUUAAACGAGUAUAAAUAUUUAUGUAAAAGGUUUAAGAGGAAAAAAGAAUAUUU